AGGUGUUAAGCAAGUGUUCUAUAGAAUAACGUAACUCUAAACCAGUGCUUGGUUCUAGCAUGACUAUUAAAAUACGGUUGUUCAGGCUGGUCUUCGUACGCUGCACGAAAUCGGACCAGAACUCAAACGUGCCAUUUCUGGAAAUCUUGAGACUGAUUUCAACUUUGAGGAUCCGGAACCACAGCACAGACGCACUCAUUCGCUAUUCAACAACAUCGUGAAUCGCAUCGCUGGCGCCCGCUCACCGUCCGAUCACGGAGAUAGAGAGUCACGCCCAUUCUCUCCUAGCAAUUCGUUGAGUGCUGUUGAAGCGAGUCCGAUGCUCACUUCCCCUCCUCGUGGCCCUGUUCCAAUGCAGCCUGCCAACGGUGGCACUCGAAGGUUCGCACUUUCUUUAAACCGAAGGAGCAAUGCUUCAUGCUUUACCAAACUAUGUAGUUCUUUUUUACCUACGCUGUACCUGAAUCAAAGCGCAAAAAGAAGAGAAUUUUCUUAUUUGUGGUGGAAUUUGGAAAUAUGUAAGUUUAGAAGUAAUUCUUCACUAUGACA